AAACGUCUGCACCAAACAAAACCCUAAUCCUUCAAGAUUUUGGAAUCACUCGUUAGCUUUUCUCUGGCGUUACUUGGAAGCAUUUUCGCUCACAAAUUAGGGUUCUUGUGGUUCCGUUAGACCAACUUGUAGCGUGCUUCACUUUUACUCAGCCCGGUUUGAUCGGUGCGUACUGCCUUCGUUCUUUGAUUCUGGGGCCUCAUCAUUUCUCUUUUCUUUUACGGAAGUGUCUAGACUUGGAAGGCUAUUUGUUUUAAUUCAGGGUCUGCAAAGAUGGAUGAUUGGGAGGAGGAGCCUAUUUCAUCCCUUCUUAAGAAGGAACAGCCUAAAAGUGCUUGGGACGAUGAGGAUGUAGAAGAAAAUGACAUAAAAGAAUCAUGGGAGGAUGAAGAUGAAUCUAUUCCUGCACCUGCACCAGUUCCUCCUACUGAGAAGGUUUCAAAAAAGAUUGAAGCAAAACCUAGUCAAGAAAAGAAAAUAACUGCCAAAGAAGUCAAGCAAGAGCCUCUAGAUCCUGUAGCAGAGAAGCUUAGACAACAGAGGCUUGUGGAAGAAUCUGAUUAUCAGUCCACCACAGAAUUGUUUGGAAAAAGGGGCGAUGAGAAAUCCCUUGAUAAUUUCAUUCCUAAGUCUGAAAAUGAUUUUGUGGAAUAUGCAGAGCUUAUUUCUCAUAAACUUCGUCCAUACGAGAAAAGUUUUCAUUAUAUAGGAUUACUAAAGGCAGUAAUGAGGCUGUCAAUGACAACUCUAAAAGCAUCUGACGCAAAAGAAAUUGCCUCUUCUGUCACAGCAAUUGCGAAUGAGAAACUCAAAGCAGAGAAAGAGGCUAAUGCUGGCAAAAAGAAAGGUACAAAGAAGAAACAACUUCAGGUUGAUAAAGCAGAGGAUGACAUUAUUGUUGAUACCUAUGAUGGUGCAGAUGACUAUGAUUUCAUGUGAGCGCUGCUGUAACUCGAUUUGGAGUUUUCUUUUCAUUCUUUUUGGAGCUGUAAAUCAGGAGCUAGAAGUUUAAUAUACUACAGGAAUUGGGACAAGUAUCUUCCCGUUAUAAGUUCUUGAAAUUGAUCGAGUGUGAUGAUAUGCAAUAUGUCUGAUAAGAAGAGAGGGUUUUGCUCGUCAUUUUUUAUUGAAUGUAACUUGAGGUUGACUCUAGAAGUCUCUUUUAAACGCCUU